AUGUCCACUGAAGACCGAUUUCCUAAACAACUUUUAGAUUUGAUCAAAACGUCCAAGUACGUUCAUGUGGCAACUUCAUCUAUAGACGGAAUUCCAUCAGUAUCACUAAUGAAUUAUAUAUAUGUCCCAAGAGAAAAAAAUUAUAGUCCCAAUAUAGAUGAUAAAGAUUAUAUUAUAUUAGCAACUUUUGAUGAUACCGAGAAAUAUGAAAAUAUAGUUAACAAUCCAAGAAUAUCAUUAUUAUUUCAUGAUUGGAUAACUGCAAACAAUCUCUCGCUAAGGAAGACCAGUAUAUCUAACCUUCAGGCUUCAAUGGAACCCCCUUCGGAUAGAUUGAAUAAUUUAUUGGAAGAUUUAAAUCAAGAUGAAUUAAACCAAAUGAGUGCCACAAUCAAAGGAUUCGCUGAAGUGCUUGAUCCAGAAUCAAAUGAGUCACUCUUUUAUAGAAGACUACUAUUGGCAGCAAACCCAGACGCUGACAUUUCAUAUUAG